AGAGAGUGUGUGUGUGUGUGUGUCCUUUCCCUCAGUAGCCAGAUAACAGAACAGACAGAAUGUCUCUAAACACAGACGAAGAGGCAGAAUGACGCCCCUAUGUGUGUGUGUGUGUGUGUGUGUGUGUGUGUUGAGGCAAGUCUGGGCAGAGUCGGCAUGUCUGUGUGACUGUGGGGUUUGAUGGUUUGGUGGAUUUAGACGCCCCAAAGCACACACUCAUCGCUGACUCUCACCAUCAUCGUUCUCAUCAGACAUUAUCCACGGGCAAUACUCAGGGGGAAAGCAGGCAUGGAGUCAGGGUCUGAAAGAAAUGCUGGACUGGAUUCUGAACCCAGGGUGAAGGCUGGUCUGGAGUCAGGGUCUGAAAUAAAUGCUGGACUGGAUUCUGCACCCAGGGGGAAAGCAGGACUGGAGUCUGGUGAGAACUGGAUUCCAGAAGAUGUGGCCCAAUGGCUGGAUCACAUUGGAGUGUCUAACGAGCCCGAGCCCGACGGAGGUCUCUCUUUGUACCAUAGUUUCCCAGGAGUCUUUGCCCUGGAGGACGUCGUUCAGUGCCCCCCAGAAACAGUCCCCUUCACCAUCAACAAUGACCCCACGUCAAUGACCACUCAUCCACCGUUACUGUCCAUCCUUCUCACCCGUCGCACCUCCACACCUGCCAGGGAACCAGGUGAUGCAGCCUUGGCCUUUGUGUCCCACCCCUGUGUGAGCGCCAUGCGAGGAGAGGAGGACGAGGGCGGGAAGCUUCUCUCAAGCACCAUACAAGAACAAACCAGCUACGGAGGAGGAGAGGGAGGAUGGGGGCCUCAGAGUGACAACCUGAACCCCAUGCAGCCCUCGCAGGUGGCCUCCCCACCCCUGCUGCAGCAGCCGCCCAGCGGUAUAGACUGUAGCGGUGCCCCCACCUCAGACAGCCAACUACCACCUUACCCCCUUACCUUCCCUCACCGCCCACUAGCUCACCCCCAGUUGCGCUGGGCUCGGCAGGAGCCUCAGGGGCAGGAGCAGCAGGCUGACGGUAGCUCCCUGGAGAAACAUGGACCUCCCCAGCCCCCUCUCCCUCACCCCCAGCCCCCCCAACCCUCCCUCCAGCCCAGUUUAGAGGAGCUGCCGAGCUAUGAGCAGGCCAAGGCCCAGACCCAGACCCAGGGACAACACCACUACCAGGACCAGCUUUAUUAUACACUGGAGGACCAGGAGAGCCUGCCUAGCCCCUCUCACACCCCAGACAGCCAGCCCUCAGCCUGGACCAGCUUAGCUCCUCACAGCCCCUCUGAGACCUCUAGCCCUGACACCAACACUGACCCCUCUCCUUUCCCCAGCCCCAGCCCACCCCUGGGCCCUCAGCAAGGCUUUAUGAGUGAUGGGGAUGAGGCUGAGGGUUUGUCUAUCUGGGGUGGAGGGGCCAAUGGAGACUCUACUCUGAGGCAACUCAAGCAGGGUCAUGUGUAUUCCCUCAGCCAGAGGAUCCUCCAAAUCAGCGUUGAGGCCAAUGGAACUAGUAAUCUUCCCUCUAGCAACCCCUCCCUCAGUUACCCCCUACCCCUAAACAUAACCCCACUCACAGGAUCAGUAGACUCCCGCGGACCCCCACCAGAGUACCCCUUCAAGCCCACCCAGCCGCCCUUCUGCUCCCCCUCAGGGAAAUCCCAGCCCCCCUCCUGUCAUUCUGAGCUAGGCCCUCCCUUCAUUGACCCCCCCUCUUCCACAAUAAUGGACUGGUCCACAGCCCAACCAACCAGAGCUGAGAGCAACCCCCCACCUGAGUACCAGAGCAGGCGGCACCACCCUGGGGCCCUAGGGGGUCCCUCAGUCCAGUACCACCACAGUCCCACACCCUCCCAGACCCACACCUCCACUCUUCUCCCCAACAUCCAGGCCCAGACUUCUACCCUUGUCUCUCAGCUCCAACCCCAGCCUCAACAACCUUCCCCAGGCCCCUCCGGUGUGGAGGUGGUCAUGGCAGCCAAGGUGCAGCAGAUGGUCCAGCUGCUGUGUGAGGAGAACCAGACUCUGAGACACGAGCUGCUGACACACAGAGAGAAGGCCUCCAAACUGCACUGGUUAGAGGAGGAGCUCCAGAGGAUCUCUGAAGAGUAUGAUUGGCUGACGAAGAGCUCGUCAAAGAGGGAGGGGCUGGACCGAACAAUGAGAUGCAAACUGGAGGGGGAGAUAAGACGCCUGACUGUCUUCAACAGAGACCUGAGAGAUCGCCUGGAGACUGCCAAUCAACAGCUAGCGUGCUGUGAGCCAGAAGGAGAGGAGGAUGGACAUGCUGCUGAGCUUAGGGAUGGACUGAUAGAGAAAGAGCGUUUGGAGGAAGAGGUGGAGAAGCAGCAGCGGAGGGCAGAGAGACUGGAGUCAGCUCUGAGCAGCGCCCAGCAGAGAGCACUACACUUAGAGGAAGAGCUGCGUGUGAAGUGUGUGUAUGCGGCACGUGUGGAAGGGUUGCAGCAUGCUGUGGUGCAGUUGCAGACGGCCUGUGAGAAGAGAGAGCAGCUUGAGAGACGCCUGCGUACACGGCUGGAGAGAGAGCUACACACACUGCGCACGCAACAGAGAGUGUGUGGGGGUGUGCUUGGGACCACUGGGCCAGGUGGGGGUGGGGGUGUAGGGGAGGGCAGUGCCCCUGCUCUGAGGGAGCUGCUGAGGCAGAGGGAGGAGAGGGUUCUGGCUCUAGAGGCUGACUCUACCCGUUGGGAACAGAAGUACCUGCAGGAGAACGCCAUGAGACACUUUAACAUGGAGACUGCUGCUACAGCCAACACACACAGCUUCUUGAGAUCAGAACAGCGAUCACUAACCUCGAUUUGGAUGACAAUUUCAACUUCAACGAAUCGGCAGCUCUGGACGUGCUGCUUCCUCCGGACCAGGCCCUAAUUCCCGGGAUUCAAAAGAGGAAGUGACGGCUCAAAAGAGGCAGGCAAACCGGCAUCCUGACGAGUACGUCUGGUGAAUCUAAUAACCCUCUGUUCUGUUGGUGAAUGUACAGUCAUCAGAGAACAAACUGGACGAGCUCCGUUCUGUUGGUGAAUGUACAGUCAUCAGAGAACAAACUGGACGAGCUCCGUUCUGUUGGUGAAUGUACAGUCAUCAGAGAACAAACUGGACGAGCUCCGUUCUGUUGGUGAAUGUACAGUCAUCAGAGAACAAACUGGACGAGCUCCGUUCUGUUGGUGAAUGUACAGUCAUCAGAGAACAAACUGGACGAGCUCCGUUCUGUUGGUGAAUGUACAGUCAUCAGAGAACAAACUGGACGAGCUCCGUUCUGUUGGUGAAUGUACAGUCACCAGAGAACAAACUGGACGAGCUCCGUUCUGUUGGUGAAUGUACAGUCAUCAGAGAACAAACUGGACGAGCUCCGUUCUGUUGGUGAAUGUACAGUCAUCAGAGAACAAACUGGACGAGCUCCGUUCUGUUGGUGAAUGUACAGUCAUCAGAGAACAAACUGGACGAGCUCCGUUCUGUUGGUGAAUGUACAGUCAUCAGAGAACAAACUGGACGAGCUCCGUUCUGUUGGUGAAUGUACAGUCAUCAGAGAACAAACUGGACGAGCUCCGUUCUGUUGGUGAAUGUACAGUCAUCAGAGAACAAACUGGACGAGCUCCGUUCUGUUGGUGAAUGUACAGUCAUCAGAGAACAAACUGGACGAGCUCCGUUCUGUUGGUGAAUGUACAGUCAUCAGAGAACAAACUGGACGAGCUCCGUUCUGUUGGUGAAUGUACAGUCAUCAGAGAACAAACUGGACGAGCUCUGUUCGAAACUAUCCUGUCAAUGGGACCCGAAGAACUUUAAUAUGUUUCUCGGAGUCGUGGCUGGACAAGGACGUGGAUAAUAUACGUCUCGCUGGCUUUUCUGUGCGUUGUCAGGACCGGUCAGCAGCCUCGGGUAAGAUGAGGGGGGAGUGGAAGUCUCGAGCGUUUGCUAGUUAGAGUUAGAAUACAUCAUGAUAAGCUGCAGACCGUACUAACUACCAAGAGAGUUUUCAUCCAUAUAUUUCCUAGCUGUCUAUAUACCUCCACAAACCGAUGCUGGCACUAAGACCACACUCAAUGAGCUGCAUAGGGCCAUAAGCAAACGAGGAAAUCCACACCCUGUGGCAGCACUUCUCAUGGCCAGUGAUUUUAAUGCAGGGAAACUGAAAUCUGUGUGAACUCAUUAUCACCUUUAUCACCUUUGCAACUAGAGGUGACAAAACUCUAGAUCACCUUUACUCUACACACAGAACGGUGACAAAACUCUAGAUCACCUUUACUCUACACACAGAACGGUGACAAAACUCUAGAUCACCUUUACUCUACAC